AUGUCUAAUACGGGAAAAUACAUUUUGGCAGAAGGUGAUACUUUUUUGCUUCCAACGAAUGCCAUUUAUCGUAUCAAUGAUAAGUUAGAUGAUGCAUCAGAUCUUUCAUCGGUAUAUUCUAAUGAACCUGAAUUUGCAAUUGGUGAUGGAAAUGAUGAGGAUGAAUUAUACAUGGAUGAUGCUGAGUUUGCUCAAAGACUUUACAAAUUUGGAUUAGACGUAAGUGGUCUUCCAUUACGAGAUGAUUUGCUUUUCAAAACAUUUGAAGAAGCUGCUAAUUUCACUUUAAAUGUACAAGAACUUUCAUGGUGGCAAAAAUUUAGAGGUAUCAAAGCAAAUCCAAUUCAGGUACCGCAUAUCGCACUUUGGGAUUAUUUCGGUGGUACAUCAUGCCUUGAUAUUAAUUGCACAGCAGGCGAUCAAAUUAAUGUGCUUUGCGAAGAAUUUCAGGUUCGUGAAAUUGAUAGUGUAACAUCAGAUGGUCGAACAUUUCUUCGACUUCCAAUGCAAUGGUCAUUAGGUCGAUGGAUUAGAAAUCGAUCAUUUCAAUCAAAUAUUGGACUAAUACCAUCUUGUUGGCUUAUUAAGAAAAAUUUUUAUGAUGCAAAUAAAAGAUUGUUUGUUAAUCCAACAUGGUUUUUGGGAAUCUGUGAUAUUAACACUGCUUAUAAUUAUCUUCUGGAAGAUCGUAGCUCUUAUAGGCCAGGAUUAUUUGUUAUCUUUUCACCAAUUUGGCUCAAUAUUGAUGCUCGUGAUCAUCGACCUUUUAUCAUUCUUGUUAUGUGCUGUAAAAGCAGCAGUAUCAUGAAUGAGAUGAUAAAAACUUACACGGAUCAAAUUAUAGCAACAAAGGGAGCACUAAAUGACUUAAAUAAACGAUUAGUUUCCGUUUUACAUUCACCUGCCACGGAAGAUCAAACGCAAAAGAAAUUAAUUGAACGAGAGGAUAAAAAUAAAAAUAAAUUUGACGUCGAAAAGGUAGAAAUCGAUCCAGAACGCUUUGAACAUACAUCAUUACCAUUUUACAUUAAAACUUAUACAAUUCGCCGCAGUCGAAUUGGACGUUAUUUGCUAUUUAAUCGGCAAUUCUCAACACUUUAUGACUUAGUUUAUUACUACACAAAUUAUCAAUCAACAUUUCCGCACAAACUUGAUUAUGGUCCAACAAAAAAGCAGCAAGUUGUUUUUUUCCACAGUGUUCCAGCACCAUUCACUUCACCAACUCGCGAUAUUUAUGCAAUGACAAUGAAAAGUGAGCAAUGGGCAGCGCGACAUUUUGAUCAGAUAACAGAACCGGCACUUUUAUCGCAAUCAUUUUCGUUCAUUUCUCGUUCAAUUUUUGAUCCUUUCAAGAAGUCACACCUGGAAUUUGCUCAUUCUGCAGAACUCAACAGUGAUGCUAUCGAAGAAGCUCGAAAUUACAUGAAGCGUUAUUCUAUGUCAAAAAAAAAUUUACAAUCUGCUAAAGAUUCAAUUCCUGAUCCUGUACCAAUCGAUGAAUCAAUACUGAAAACAAAUGCUACCAUUGAAAUCAAUCUUGCAAAUUUAAAAUAUUCUUCGGAAGAUAUGCUUGGAUCAGGAGCAUUCGGUGCAGUAUAUCGUGGAAAGUUAGAAACAGCUGAUGGCGAAGUAGUAAUAAGUCAUCCAAAUGUGACGAAAUUCUACGGUUUUUGUUAUGAUGAAACAAAAGAGUAUGCAAUGCUUACAUUCGAACUUAUGGAUAUUGGAUCGUUAGCUGAUUUCAUUAAGGCACAUGAAUAUAACAUAUCAGCAAAUGAACAUGUUGAUUUUCUCACGCAAAUAGCACGUGGUAUGGCACAUCUUCAUUCACUUGAUCCACCAAUUGUUCACGGUGAUCUUGCUGCACGUAACGUUUUGAUUUGUCAUCAUCCGAAAGAUGAAACAAGGCAUGUUGAUAGUAUAUCAUUUUUACUAUAUUUGUUGAAAAUAAGUGAUUUUGGUUUAUCAAAAACAACUCGUCACGAAGUACAUUUCUUCCCCGAUGAUCCACAAAAAAUGCCUUUCAAAUGGUUACCACCGGAAGUGUUACAUCGUCGAGAGCUAAGCACAAAAUCAGAUGUGUGGGCAUAUGCAAUACUUGCUACUGAAAUUUAUGGUGUAAUUGAUCCAUACGGAAUGCUACCGAACGAAAAAGUGUUACCUUUUCUGAAAGACGAUCAUCGAAUGGAGAAACCAUCGGCAAUGCCUUAUUAUAUCUAUAACAUUAUCUUACAAUGUUGGCGAAAACAACCUGUAGAUCGGCCAACAUUUAAUGAAAUUGUUCGUGAUUUAAUGCCAUAUUAUAUUGAAUAUGAAAGUAGUCACAUCAUCCUGUUAACAACCAGAAUUGCCGCCGAAUCCAUAACAAAUAAAAAGAAUUAA